CUCGCGCUGGUGCUUACGUCUGUUUCCUGGAGCCCAGUACGUAACACAGUCGAGCCUCCUCGCGUGGGUACGCGCUCCCGUUUCGCGCCGUUCUUACGUCCUUCAGCGUGACGUGAUUAUCGGAUCUGAGCGCAGUGUGAGUCCUGCUUCACAGUGUCCUCCAUAUCGCCGCCAUCAUGUCUUCAGAUCCUGGCAGUUACGGAGGACAAAGUCACCAAAGCUAUCCUCCAUAUGGAAAUACAGGGGGUCAGAGUGCUGGACAAACAUCACAGGACUAUUCUGCAUAUGGACAAGCACCAGAUUCAUCAUACGGUCAAAGCUAUGGAGCUUACAAUCCUGGCUAUGGGCAGAGUCAGCAAGGCUAUAGCCAGCCAUCUCAUACACCUUAUGAGAGUCAGCAAUCUUACGGUAGUUAUGGACAGACUUCUGCAUCCCAAAUAGCAGGUGGCAGAGGUUCAUCCCAAGAAAACCAGCCUGGUGACAGCAGACCAUCUUAUCAGCAGCCUCCAGAUUCCUAUGAUCAGCAAGACUAUGGGCAAAAGCCAAAGUCGGGCUAUGGGCAACAACCAAAUCAAGGAUCCUAUGAGUCAUCGGGAUAUGGUGGACAGAAUCAGCCCUACUCCUCUCGUAAAGAGGGUUUUAGCCAAUCCUCUCAAGAUGACAGUCGGGAUUACGGCAGGUAUGGUGGAGAACGAGGAUUUAGUGGGUCCCAAAGUCUCGGUGGUGGCAGAGGCCGUGGUGGCUUUGACUCGGAUAGAAAUGCUGGGAUGAGCGGUGGCGACCGAGGUGGCUUCAAAAAUUUUGGUGGAUCUAGAGAUGAUGAUAAACCUGAGUCAGAUAAUCAGGACAAUUCUGACAAUAACACAAUAUUUGUGCAAGGGUUUGGUGAAGAUGUAAAUGCAGAUCAAGUGGCAGACUACUUCAAACAGAUUGGCAUUAUAAAGACUAACAAGAAGACUGGAAAGCCAAUGAUAAAUAUUUAUGCUGACAAGGAAACUGGCAAGUCCAAAGGAGAAGCGACCGUUUCAUUUGAUGAUCCUCCUUCAGCCAAAGCAGCUAUUAAUUGGUUUGAUGGAAAAGAAUUUAUGGGCAAUGUCAUCAAAGUCUCUUUUGCUACUCGGCGGCCUGAAUUUGUUAGAGGUGGUGGCGCUGCCGCUGGUGGUGGUGGAGGAGGUAGACGAGGAGGUGGUCAUAGGGGUGGUGGUUUUGGAGGAAGCCGUGGCUCUUUCAGAGGGGGUAGUGGUGGACCGCAAGGUGGAGACUGGUUGUGCCCAAAUCCUUCUUGUGGGAAUGUAAACUUUGCCAGAAGGGAUUCUUGUAACCAGUGCAGUGAACCCAGACCAGAAGAUUCUAGACAAAGUGGAGAUCGUGGAAGGGGUGGAUAUGGAGGAGACAGAGGUGGAUAUGGAGGAGACAGAGGCUAUCGAGGACGUGGAAGAGGUGGUGACAGAGGAGGCUAUGGAGGAAAGAUGGGUGGCAGGAAUGACUUUAGGAAUGACCAGCGCAACAGGCCUUACUAGCUUGAAGUUCCUUUCUUGUCUUCUACUUAACAAGGCAUCAGAUUGUUUAGAAUUUCGAAGUAACGAAUUUAUUUGAUUUUUGUUUUUGUCCUUUCCCAGAAAUGUGAGGUAUUUUUUUUCCUGAAAAUUUAUUAAAUUACAGAACUUAGCCCCUAUUUCUUCAAUUUGACAAAUGAACAUAUAAAAUAUUGCCAAAGUGUUUUUGUAUUACAAUAAAUGACUUCUUUUUAUGUG